AUGGAUGUGAAGAGUAGAAAUUACUUACUUAAGAAUCGCCAAGCGCUGGAAAAAGACAUCAAGACUUCUUAUAUUAUGGAUCAUAUGAUUUCUGAUGAAGUACUGACGUUACAGGACGAAGAGAAAGUGAAACAACAGAAUACACAGAAGGAGCGAGCAGCUAUGCUAAUAAACAUUAUUCUUACAAAAGAUAAUAAUUCAUAUAGAUCCUUUUAUAAUGCACUGCUUAAUGAAGGGUACAGAGAUCUUGCUGCGCUUCUUCAGGAUGGCAUCCCUGCCAUCUCCUCUGGUAAUGGAAAGAGUUCAAUGGAUGGAAUGACUUCAUACGUUAAGACAACUCUCUGCGAAGGAGGUGUACCACAGAGACCAGUUGUGUUUGUCACUCGGCCAAAACUGGUAGAUGCUAUUAAACAGAAACUGUGCUGCUUGGGAAAUGAUCCAGGCUGGGUCACAGUUUAUGGAAUGGCAGGUUGCGGGAAGACUGUUUUAACAGCAGAAGCUUUAAGGGAUCAUCAGCUCUUGGAAGAUUACUUCCCAGGAGGAGUUCACUGGAUCUCUGUUGGAAAACAAGACAAAGCAGGGCUCCUAAUAAAACUUCAGAAUCUCUGUAGUAGAUUAGAACAUGACUGCACUCUUUCACAAAGGCCACCACUUAACAUUGAGGAGGCUAAAGAUCGUCUUCGUGUGCUGAUGCUACGCAAAUAUCCCAGAUCUCUUUUGAUCCUGGAUGACAUUUGGGAUUCCUGGGUAUUAAAAGCAUUUGAUAAUCAGUGUCAGGUUCUUAUCACCAGCAGGGACAGGAGUGUAACAGAUGCUGUGGCUGGCAAUAAAUAUGAGGUUCAUGUGGAAAGUGGACUAGCACAUGAGAAAGGACUGGAGAUUUUAUCCUUAUUUGUGAAUACGAAAAUAUCAGAACUGCCAGAACAAGCUAACUGCCUUGUAAGGGAAUGCAAAGGUUCUCCUCUUGUGAUAUCCUUGAUCGGUGCAUUGUUACGAGACUUCCCUAGUCGUUGGGAAUACUAUCUCAAACAGCUGCAGAAUAAGCAGUUUAAAAGAAUAAGAAAAUCUUCUUCUUAUGAUUAUGAAGCUCUUGAUGAAGCAAUGUCCAUAAGUGUUGAACAACUGAAUGACAAUUGUAAGGACUACUAUAAAGACCUCUCUAUCCUCCCAAAAGAUGUUAAAGUACCUACUAAGGUUCUCUGUAUUCUUUGGGAUAUGGAAACAGAAGAAGUUGAAGAUAUACUACAGGAAUUUGUUAACAAAUCGCUAUUGUUCUGUGAUCGUAAUGGGAAGUCAUUCCAUUAUUAUUUACAUGAUCUUCAACUUGACUUUCUUAUAGAGAAGAAUCGUAACCAGCUUCAGGAGCUACAUAAAAACAUAGUAAAUCAGUACAAGAAAUACUACAAACUUAAUACGCCUGUUCCGUCUCAGGAGGAUUGCAUGUACUGGUAUAACUUCCUAGCAUAUCACAUGGCUGGUGCCAACAUGCAGAAG